UUCGAGCACGUCAAAGCCGGAGGCGAUACAAAGUAGGAAAGUCGUAUAAAAGGAUAUUCUUGAAAUUCAACUCGUGUUGUAUCUCAGACUAUCCGAGCUACUCGGAAUUGGCUCGUACAGAUGCCCAGGCGAGAACCGGCUCUCACACUCCUGUUAUUGGUUCUAUACUAUCUAACCGAGCGAUGUAUCAAGUUCUUUCUGCGGCGACGGUCCAUCUCAUUCUUCGACUACUUGUAUGCCUCCCACAAACUCCCUGUUUUCACUGGCAUUGCGAUGGGAGCUCUCAUCACUGCCUUUAUCACUCCUUCUUGCAUGCGGGCAGCUUUCGGUCUGUCGUCCGCUAAUAUCGACACGGAAAUUUGUUUCACGGGACGAGCAAUAUUGUGGGUGGCGGAGCUGAACAGACUCGAUCUGUAUGAGCUUUACGUCGUUCACCAUUUAGGUAGUCUAGUAGCAUUGUUUUCAACAGUGCUAUUGGACUGGCCUUACCGACCUCUUCUCAUAAUACUGGCGAGCCUCAUAUCAGAGAUACCAGGAGAUUUUCUCUGGUUGUUGUCAGCUCAUCGGGAUUAUCGCGUUUUGAUACGCUCCUCUACCAGGAGUGACGAUGCUAAGGGCAAAGUGUGGAACUUCCAUACCCUUAUGAUCGGCUUAAACCUUCUUCAAUAUACCUUCAUCCGCUUUCCCGCCAUGGGGUAUGCGUUCUGGGUGCUCAACCGCGGGCAGGGAACAAAGGCUCGCAUGGACAAGCGGGAAUACUUGAUCGCAUGCGCAAUGCUGAUCGCCCAUGCUGCAUUCUGUAUUGGGUAUGUGGUUAGGCAAUACAGGGCACUUCAAAAACGCCUACUAGUGCCGGGCGUGACGGAGAAGCAACGUCAUAACUCUAAAAAACAUCUCAAAGACACACAUUCAACAUCGACAUGGAGUGUAAAUACUACACACCAUCCCUAUCACAUCAGAAUCAAUGCAUUCGGAACCCAAUGGUUUUUCACGAUCUACGGAAUAUUCAUGGGCUUGGGAUUGGCCGUUUUAACCGCCGCAGUAACUGUCCUUUAUCCCUCAUUAGAAGCAGAGUCGAUUGCCCUUGUCAUCAUCUUCGCCGUUCUUGGAGCUCGUUUAUUCUCACUCAUUUUUGAAGAUGGUCUCAAACAGUUUUUUCACUCCCCAUUGUCGACACUCCUUCGACCAGGGUUUUGGCUACACGGAGGGAUCGCUGGAGCCACUCUUGCCUCCAUCUACCUUGCUUAUAUGGACGCCAUCUCUGACAUCGCAAUCUUUGGAGGCUCCUUAGCUGUUGGACUUCCCCUAUUCGAAUUCUUCUCCCGAAUUGGUUGUCACUGCUACGGUUGUUGUUAUGGGCGGCCUUUCACUUCAGGUGGUUCGUCUAGCACCCCAUCGACCUUUUGGUAUUUUUUCCCUCCGGUUGUGUAUUCACAUCCUUCCGACUCAGCCCUAUCACGCUCUCAACCGACCUGGGUCGGUUUACCCCUCAUUCCGAUACAAAUAGCCUCCGCGGCAGCAUUUUUUAGCCUAUUCAUCUUUCUUGCAGUACCCCUGAUCACGGUACUCAAGUUGUCGGUCCCAGUAGCUGGGUGUAUUGUGUUGAUUGGGCACUCCCUCCUUCGUCUAAUCACGGAGCGUUACCGCAGCGAUUAUCGCGGAGAGGGAAUGAAGGGAACCCGGUUUACAACGACAGGUCUCAUGACUUUGUUGCAAUUAGCAAUCGGAGUGUCUUCACUGGUGUGGAUGGUAAAUACUUGGGAGAUCGUAACCACUACAACAAAUUUGAGAUUCGGUAAACCAUCGAUAAAACUAACCGGCUUCUCAUUCGGUCUAGGUGCAAUGGUGUAUGGUAUCCAUAAAGGGCGAAUAGGGCGUUGGCUAUAGUGUCUAACGGGGAUUUAGACAUCAAUCUC